AUGCUUGAGGUCUGGCUUUCUCUCAAGAGAACACUUCAAUGCAAACCACACCCAAAUCAAAUUCAUGAUCCAAAGACAAGUAAGAACCAAAAAAGUAAUCAUAGAACCAAGUCAGGUAAACUUGAGAGUUCAAAUAUCAAAGAUUUCAUCCACGGAAGCAAGAGGUAUUCAAAAACUCCACCAAGUUCCAACCCAAAACCCAAAGGAAGCAUUGACAUCAUCAAUCCCAUAACCCAUGAAAUUGUUCUUGAUAGCUCGAACAGCAACAUUUGUCGAUGUUAUCCUUGUCCUCAAAGCAAUAGCAGCAGCAAAGGUUCAGAAGGUUCUCAUAGAACAAGAAGGACAGCAGCAUCUUCAAGGACAACCAAUCAUGUUGAUUACAAUGAAGCAAAUGCCUCCUCCAACUCAAGGAUGCUGGUUCAGAUGGAUCCUGACGGUUCUUCAAUAAUGAUAUGUCAUAAAUGUGGUGAGAAACUAAAAAAUCUUGAUGCGGUAGAAGCACACCAUAUCUCCGAGCAUUCAGUCACUGAACUUCAAGAAGAUUCAUCCAGGCAGAUAAUAGAAAUAAUAUGUGAAACAAACUCAGUUGAUUCUGAAAGCAUGUUGGGGCAGAUUGAUUGUAUCUUAAAGGUCCAGAACAUACCAAAAACCCUUGCUUGCUUUGAGGAAUAUAGAGAGAUGGUGAAGGUCAAGGCUGAAAAACUACAGAAGAAGCACCCUCGUUGUGUGGCUGAUGGAAAUGAGCUUUUAAGGUUCCAUGGCACAACUAUUGCAUGCUCUCUAGGCAUAAAUAGUUCUUAUAAGUUGUGCACUUUAGAAUAUUGUGGAAUAUGUCAAAUUAUGAGGCAUGGCUUCUCCACCAACAAGGAAUUCCAAGGUGCAUUAGGGGUUUACACCACUUCUACAAGUGGAAAAGCCUUUGAUUCCAUUAUGACAACUGAUGAGAGAAUGUUUCUAAGGAAGUCUGUUAUAGUGUGUAGAGUAAUAGCUGGGAGAAUUUAUACUCCUCUUGAGGAAAUUGAAGAAAAGGUUGAUUCAGAGUUUGAUUCAUUGGCAGCAAAAUUAUAUGGUCAUUCUGAUGUUGAGGAACUCUAUGUAUUGAAUCCCAAAGCUCUACUCCCUUGCUUUGUGGUAAUCUACAAACAACAAACAAUGAAGGUUAAAAGGUUCAACUCAAGCUUGAGGACAAGUUUUAGAUAG